AUGGCGCGUGGAAGGGCGGGCGUGAUCCUGCGUGAUCCUGUCCGGAAGCAUUUCCGGGACAUGACCGGGCAGUAUCUCGCGCCUGAGUGGGGGUUCUGGGCCGUGGAGGUAGAGGGUCAGGUUCGACCAUCAAUAGAACGUGAUCGUGUAGGUCCGUACUAUACGCAUGUUCUAGAGCUUUGGCCACUCCUGUCUAAGGUAGCCGCACUGUAUUACGCCAGCGACUUUCCUCCGAGGUUUCGUCUUUCCGCUCCGCGUGCGACCGUCACGUCCAGAGCGAGCGAGGCACUACAGUUCCAGAGCGCGGUGCCGCUUGGCCCGUCGAACGCGGCGCUCAGCCUACCGGAGCGCUGGUCCAACGAGACAAAGAAACGAACUGAAGUGAAAUUAGUGGAUACGUACUUAGUCGGGGUGUCCAGUGGCGCCGGCGCUUCAAUUCCCAGCCACAAGACACGAGUCGAUGUACGGGCGCCAACAACACAGAAUCCCCGGCCGGCUCAUCCUCCCAGUCACACAAGAACGGCUAAUAAAACAAAUGAGACCCUAGAAAGCCACGAUAGCAGUUCAUUCAAGCAAACUACCUUCCAACACAAAGAAGUACUCCCGAUCAUCGACCAAAUAUCCAAGUACCGUCGUAGAAAUGGAGGAGACGUCACUCACAGGUUGCCGGUCCUCGCACGCAAUAUUGCGCCUCGCACACCCCGCACGGCCCGCACCGCCUGCCCCAGGCAGAACGGCGUCUUGACCGGAUCCGGCGUUUUCCCCCCCGCGGCAUUCGUCGCGGCCCGCCCCGACGCCUCACCACGACGACGACGGGGCUUGAACUUGGCCGGACAGCGGGAGGUCUGGGUGUGCGCGCGCGUGCCGUCGACCGAGACGGCGCAGGUGGUGUGGACAGUGACCGUGCGCGCUACGAGGCGGGCUCACACUGCCCGCGCACGACGAGAACGAGAGCGGUCGAGGCUCUCGGGCGAACUUUGCUCUUGUAGUUGUCGGCGUCGCCGGUCCUGCGCGAAGGUCAGCGGCGAGUCACGACGACCGAGCGGAGGGACUGACCGACGGUAUAGAAUGCGGCGCGGCGCGCAGGCCACCGCGCCGCGAGCCUUGAGGCACGCGCACACCCCGCGCGCCCGCCCUGCUGGUGCGGGCAUGAGCGCGCGGUGCUGCUCCCCGCCAGACGUUUGCCCGGCGGUCCAGCAGGCUUUCAGCGCGACGCCCUUUGAUAGGGAUAUCGCGACCCAACGCGACAGCGGCGGUGCCAGAUUCGACAUCCACGCGCCUUCGCGCCGACGAUGCGCGGUGACCAACCGGACUGCUACUCGCCGGGCCGCACGACACACCCCGUUCAACACCCUUGGCGGUAGCACCAAGAGGAGAAGCUAUGGGUCGUGCUUGAGAGCGCCGCGACGAAGCCGACCUUCGCUAGCAGGUGAUGCCUGCGGAGGAAGACUUGCCGCGAUCGCCACCAUGUCCGUGCUUGCCCUCGUCGACACGCGUACGAAAGCGGAUAGCAGUGUCGAGCGAGGCGGGAGGCGAGUGGCGACCAGUCUGGUGGCACCAACGCUAAGAUCUAGGUGGUCAGCACGAGUGGCGCAAGCUCGAAGUGGGGAUGCUCACCGUGUAGCGUGGGUGGCGCACCGUUUCGACCGGCGCUGCAAGAGGAGUAGUCGAGAGCGACGCAAGCAGUGGUCAGAGAAGACAUGCCUUGCCGCGGCGAUGGCACCGAGGGAGAGUUGUUGGUGGUGGCAGGGCAUGGGUGGCGGUAGGGUGGGUGGUGGUGGUGGUGGUUGUUGGGAGAGAGGAGGCGAGAAGCGAAGGGUAUAUAUGCGAUCUCGGGUCAUCCCCGGAUUGUCUGAGCGGGGAUCAGUGGCACAGUGGGCGGUGUGUACAGGAACAAGGUGGCUUCUUGGGCGGCGAAAACGCCGCCGAUGGGCUUUCCGAGCCUCAAGGCCUGUGGUCAACCUGUGA